AUGUACAACUGGUCUCUCACGGACUUUGGAUUCACUUCUUCCCAAGACUCCAAAAAUGCCGGCGCACACCCUCUUCAAAAUAAGAUACCAGACGACUUCGAUGCAUCCUCCGCUCUACUUUCUCCUAUUAAUCAAUUCGCCUUUUCAACUUGCGGCAAGUACCUGGCUGUCGUUACCGAGGAUGGGUAUAUGCGUGUCUUCGACUAUCAUCGCAUGGAGAUAUACGUGAGGAACUUGUUUGCUUUACAGGAUUCGUUAAACCGAGCACGUGCGGGAUAA